AUUUGUUGAAAUAGAUCUUUAGAAUUCGAGAAUAGAAUUUACCGAGAUCAACAAUUAGACUAAAGUUGAUGAACGCAUCUUUAUUCAACAAAUUUUACACCACAUUAUACUAGAUUAGUAUCUGAUGAAAGAAACUUCCAGAAUGUUCUCGGGUGUUCGAACCUGCUUUGUAUUUCAUAUAAUGCUAAGAUUCGAGGAGUCGCGGGUUGCUUUGAAUCGGUGUUCGCGACUUUUAAUGACUGCUCUUGUGCCUAAAACUGUAUUAUACAGGUGGGGUGGCCGAGAGAAAAUUUCGGAAGAGGUCGGUAGAAUAUGUAUGAAGGUAAUAGCAACCAAUCUUACAGUUUGAGAAAAGUCAUCGAGCUGUCAAGUAGUCUGGUCUCGCAUGGACCGACAUGGAACAAGUACACAGAAAAGAAAAUUUGGAAUCUAUCGAUUGCGAAAAAACAGAAAAUAUGGAGGAGGAGAAUCAUCCUUGGAACUCUCUAUCAACUGUAACAACAUUUGACGAAGGAUUCGGUAAUAACACUAUAUCAACGCUUUGUCUAAAUAAUAUUAGUAAAACUGAGACCAGUGGACAAAUUGCACAACGAUGUGCUCCUUCUAGUGUUUUAAUAGGAUCACUCAUACAACAAUUGUGUACCAUAUUUGAGUCUGAUAAAAUACGCAGAAAUAAAUUAUACUAUGCUAUCUGUGAUAAACUGCACGAAUCACAAUUAAUUGAUGAUUCCUAUAAUAUGAUGGAAUUGGAUGUAGUAAGGGGACAUUAUCAACGUGCCCUUUACCGUCUUGUCACAAUCGCACGCAAUGUAACUGGAAGUGAAAGUACAUUGCAAAUACCCAGAGCCCUAGUGUCGGAAUUAUCCCGUUAUCAUCGGGAAUUUCGCGAAUUGAAUUUUAUUGCUGGCGGAGGUUUCGGUAAAGUUUUUAGAGCGUUGCAUCGUCUCGAUGGUACUGAAUAUGCAAUAAAAAAAAUAAUGGUAUCCUCUAAGUGUAUGGAGACCAUAGAGCAGUAUUUAAAUGAAGUGAAAACAUUGGCUAAAUUAAAUCAUCCCAAUAUUGUACCUUACAAAGCAGCUUGGAUUGAAACGACAUUCCUGCCAUUAUUUGUUUCGAAUGUACCGUCCACAAAUCGCAGCUCAUAUAAAUCACGUGCGUCAAAUUGCACGCAAGAGUCCAAAUCGUGCAAUUCACAAUCUAUUAAAGAUUCACAUAGUAACAGAUACAGUGACAGGCAAGAUAUAUUAUUUGAUAAAGAAAAUCACACAGUCGGUAUGUAUAUCAACGCGGAAAUCGAACAGCAAAGUGAGGUGGAUAGCAGUGUUCGUGACCUUAUAGCCACUAGUUUUGAUGUUAAUGAAAGAUUUGACGAGCUCAAUUCAUCAACUAAUAUUAUAGGAAAACGAAUAAAUAAGGAAAGUACACAAAAAGAUAGCGAAGAAACUGAUUCAGACGUAGUAUCUUUUAGAAAUAGUGAAAAUAAUGAAAAUUUAGAUAUAACAAUUGAAGAUAAUACUGAUUCUCCUGAAGAGGAUCGUAGUAGUUCCUAUGAAGAGUCCAACGGUCAUCAAGAACUAUGCGCAUAUAAUGGAGGCACCUCCAAUGGGAAUGGACAGUACAUAACUUUGUACAUCCAAAUGGCCCUGUGCGAACAAACACUUGAAGAGUGGAUGCGCUGUAGAAUAAAUACAACACCCCAUGCAAUAAUUAGAGCGGUGUUGCAACAAAUUCUUCUUGGAAUUGAUUAUAUUCACUCUCAAAAAAUCGUACAUCAUGAUAUAAAACCGAGUAAUAUAUUUAUUUCGACAUCUGGUCAACUUCAAAUUCAACUAGGCGAUUUCGGUUUAGCUUGUCCACAACGAAAAAACCAUCACUCUAUAAUUGGUACUCAUAUGUAUGCAGCACCAGAACAACUGCAGGGAAUGUGUGAUCCAAAGAGUGAUGUCUACAGUGUAGGAAUUGUCCUCACGGAGCUUUCAAUUCCAACACAAACUCUGAUGGAAUUGAGUUCUAUAAUUAGCUGCUUAAAAUGUGGUAACAUAGAAACUCUUACCAAAGAGCGACGUAAAUGGGCACAAAUAAUCACGCAAAUGAUACAAGAAGAUCCCGCUGAACGGCCAUCGACAAAUCAACUUCUGCAGGAUUUAAAGGAUGAUAAAGAUAUGUUAAUAACUGAAUUGAAAAAUACGGUUGUAGGUUUAGAAAAAGAUCUUCACGAUAAAAAUAAUACGAUUCAAGAAUUAGAAGAAACAAUUGCGUUAUUGAAGGAAGAAGUUAAAAAGCAUCGCCAAAUGCCGUUAGAAAAUACUAUAAAAUAGAUUGUUAUGUUAAAAGGAGAUAAACUCGUAAGACUUGACAUGACGUUAAUAAGACUGCCGAAUACGAUCUUUUUUUAACAAUAUAGUGCUUUUAUGAUAAAGUAUUAUUGCAUGAUAAAAUAAGAUAAAGCAACUAAGAAAGUCUAAAAAUUUAAAUUUUAAACUAAUUUUUUAGAAAGGUAUAGCAAG